UUUUGACUAUUGAGAAAACAUUAAUUUUUUUACUUCACGCAUAGUGAAGAGCAUAGUUUUUUCCUUCCUUGUACGACGUGAGGAUUAAAUACAUUGUAAAAAUCAAGCGAGAACUUUAUUAGAGUGAUUCGCAAUGUCUAUGUCAAAGACAACCAAUACGUACAAUCGACAGAAUUGGGAGGAUGCCGAAUUCCCAAUUCUGUGUCAGACUUGCUUAGGUGACAAUCCUUACGUACGCAUGAUAAAGGAACGCUUUGGCAAGGAAUGUAAAAUUUGCACCCGACCAUUCACCAUAUUCCGUUGGUGUCCAGGAGCAAGAAUGCGUUUUAAGAAGACUGAAAUCUGCCAGACGUGCGCCCGUUUGAAAAACGUUUGCCAAACCUGUCUUCUCGAUUUGGAAUAUGGAUUGCCAAUUCAAGUCAGAGAUGCCGCUCUGAAAGUUGCUGAUAAUUUACCUCAAAGUGAUGUAAACAAAGAGUACUACAUACAGAAUGUGGAUCGUGAAUUGCAGGAUGGCGAUGGUACUGAGGCUGCAGGAAAGGUUGGCAAAUCUUUGGCCGCAAGUGAUAUGCUUUCUAAGUUGGCCAGAACAGCUCCGUAUUAUAAAAGAAACAGACCUCACAUUUGUUCCUUUUGGGUUAAAGGCGAAUGUAAACGAGGUGAGGAGUGUCCAUAUCGCCAUGACAAGCCAAAUGAGCCGGACGAUCCAUUGUGCGAGCAAAAUAUUAAAGAUCGGUAUUAUGGACGUAAUGACCCAGUGGCUGAGAAGAUAAUGAAGAGAGCAGCAUCGCUCCCUACACUGGAACCUCCUGAAGAUCGUAAUAUAACAACACUUUAUGUUGGUAAUUUGCCUGAAGAUAUAACAGAGCCGGAAUUAAGAGAUCACUUCUACCAGUUUGGUGAAAUUCGUUCAAUAGCUUUAGUUCCACGACAGCAAUGCUCAUUUGUACAGUACACUAAGCGUUCAGCCGCAGAGUUGGCAGCUGAAAAGAGUUUCAAUAAGUUAGUGCUACAAGGAAAGAAAGCCACAAUAAAAUGGGCUCACUCCCAAGCUAAACAGGGUGCGGCAAAGACAGAUCGCCGCUUUGAACUUAAUGCAAUACCCUCUGCUGCUGCCGCAAAUCCAAAUGACUUCUUUAAUUUGCAACAAGAACAAGUUACUGUGCUACCUCCGGGCAUGAAAUUGCAUCAAAUACCGCCAUCAUUGAUACCCGCCUCAUCAUAUCAAAUGUACUCGCAGGCCUAUGCGGCACCAUAUUCUAUGCCCAUGCCUUCAACAUCUGCCGCAGCAGCAGUUGCCACCAACCUUGACUCAAUACCUCCACCACCUGGCAUAGCAGGCGGAGCACCGGGGCAAGUUCACUAUCCCAGCCAGGAUCCAAGUCGUUUAGGAGCAGUAAAAAAAUAAUUGUGGAAAAAUACCAAUGAGCCCGUCGUGUUAGAAGUACUAGCUGGCAUUGUUAAAAAAUGCUUUUUAUAACCUGUAAUAAAUUUGAUUUCAACACAA